AUGCCCUUCAGCGCGGGGCAGCGCCGGCGGCUCUCGCUGCAGUUCCUCAUGUUCGACAAGGACUCCGACGGCCGCAUCCCCACAACCGAACUCGGCCCGCUGCUGCGCUGUUGGGGCUUCUGCCCAACGGAGGCGGAAGUUCUCGCCGCAGCGCGACUGCUCGAUCCCGACAACACCGGCGUUGUGCAGAAGCAGCAAGUGAUGGACGCGGCGGAGUCGAUGCGGCAGCAGGUGACAACAGAGGCUGAAGUGCGGGAGGCACUGCGGGUGCUCGACACAGACGGCGAUGGAUUCGUGACAACAGCAGAGUUGCGGCACGUGUUGUUGAACUUGGGAUUUCGUUUGACAACAGAAGAGGUGGAUGAAGUCCUCGCAGACGCAUACGUAGAUGAGGAUCACCAAAUCAACACAGAUGAGUUUGCACGUAUGCUCUUUGCUGACACGACGGAAGGGUCUAAAGACCCAUUGGACGGAUUGUAA